UCAGUGCUGCCAGCCGCCGCACAAAAGAAGUAGCCGUAUCGGAUGUAAAAAAUUUUGCUAAAAUAAAUUGAAUUAGCUUUAUAAGCUAAAAUAAAAUAAAUAAUUACGCGAGCACUUGUCACUUGGAAGCAAUAUGUAUUUAAAUUAAUUAAAAAACUCCACUGUUUCCGGCUGACGAUCUAUAAAAUAGUUCAAUUUGGUUAGAAAGAAGCUGAAUUGGCAACACUGCAGCUGAAAUGUAAAUAAUAAAUAAACAAAUAAUUGUUAGGCAGUAAUGUUCACAUACGUAUAUAGUUAAUCGUACGCAUUUUGUAGUAUCAUUUAAUUUUAUAUGCAUAAUUGCACAGCAUACGAGUUUAUCUUGUUGCGACCAGCAUACUAGCCUUAUAUAUUUAUCGCAUACUCGCGUUGCGCUCAUCUCUAAUUGCCGGCAAAAACUUUGUUUGUGUAGCAAUAGCAACUGCAUUGGCAUGACUUCCGUUGAGGAAAAUGAAAUGUUUAUGGUUAAAGAGGCGCAAAGCGUGCGCAAAAGUGAUCCCAGCGCGGCCAAGGCAUGGAUUUUAACUGCCAAGACGCUUUAUCCGAAUGCAUUCAAUGUGCAAUACGAGGCCUACCUGCUGGAGCGCGACAGCAAGAACAGCGAGGAGGCGGCCAAGUGUUUCAGUGUCAUCGCCAGCAACUUUACCAAUCAGCAUGCGGAGCUGUGGCAGGAGGUGAACGCUCUGACCAAUGCGCUGCGCAACGAGACGGAAAACACGCCGGAGCAGGAGUUCUAUGUGAAGAUGUACAAGCAUCUGACGCCGGAGGUGCAGCACAAUAUAUUUGUGCACACGAUCAGCAAUUGUGGCGAUAAUUUACAGCAGUGCAUACACAGCUAUAUACUUAUGUUCAACAAGUUCCCCAAAACGGCGGCAACGCAUGCGCCACGUUUGCUGGAGAUGCUCGCCGAGGGCAUGAAAGCCGAUCCGGAUGUGUAUCAGCGCAUGCUGGUCGAGGAGGUGCUGCCUUUGAUACAGAAUAAGCCGCCAGAGCUAAAUCCGCUGCUGGCCUGCCGCCUGUACACUAACUCCCUGGAGUAUUGUCUGCGCCAGAUCAUGGACGAUGAGAAGUGCGACACAACGGAGGCAUGGAAGAACAUAUUCAAGGUGCUCAUGCUUUGCGGCCAAAUGAUGGGCUGGGAGGCCUUUCUGCCCUUCAGCAAGCAGGUCAAUCAGAAUGUCUAUUGGGACAAAUUGGUGAAAAUUCUGCGCAGCAGUCCAGCUGGCAGCUCCCAGGUGCUGUUCUAUGCCACCACGCUGUUUAUUUACUCGCUCCACGGCUACAUACGCAAGCUGCGCAUAGAAGAUGCCGAUGUCAAUCAUGUGCUUGUGGAGGGCUUUAUUGAUUGGACGCCGGAGGGUGGCGAAGUGCAGAGCAUGGACUGGACACCGGAUGGCGGCGAAGUGCAGAGCAUGGAGCCGCCGAAAUUUUCGGCAACCACAGCAAUAAGCCAAGAGCUAUCCGAAGCCUUUCUCCAUGCCGCGCGCUGCUGGCAGCUGCUCAACACAGAACAGUUCCAGCGCGAUUUCAGUCAGCUGAUGUUGGCGCUGCCGCUGGCGCCGUGGAUAUCGCGCUUCCUCUUCGAUCUGGCCAUCUACUUCGGACAUCGCGAUGAGGCCAACAAGCUGAUGGCCGACAUGACCGCUCAGAGCACCCUGGUGCAGAGCCUGCAAAUACUAAGCUUGAAUCUAAUGCAGGGCAGCAUGACGCUUCAGGGCUUUCAGUGCAUACUCAAGAUACUCGCCGAGCUGCCCGCCACCAGUGGCCAGCUAUUGGAGAACAUCAGUCUGAAGAGCCAUAGGCACAUGAUCUUUCUGCCGCUUACCAAAAUAGCGCUCAUCCAGUAUUGCACACGCGCCAUAACCAGUCGCCUGAGCCGCAUGCUUUUCGAGCCCAACUGCUCGGAUCGGCUGUUGGCCGAUCUGUUGGCACUGCUGCAGCUGAGCCCCGACAAGGAUGUGCUGCUGAAGCAACACAUUUUCAAUCUGAUCACGCAACGCAAAUCCUUCAAUCUGCACAUCCUGUCCAACUAUAUCAUUGCAACGGACAUCAUCGAGGAGCUGGCCUUCAUAUGGAACUCGCAACAGCAGGACGAUGCCAAUUUUGAGCUAACCGGUUCGCCCACCGGUAGCAGCAGCAGCGGUGCACCUGGCGCCACAAACGCCGCAGGCGCUGCACAGCCACGACGCAUUGGCACACGCGGCGCCGACAAGGGCGCCCGCGAUGAAUUCAAGUCCUUGAUACGCCAGCAAAUCGCGCGCUGCAACGAAAAUGUGCCCAAUCUGGUUGCCAAUUUCAUCACACAAGAGCAACUGACGCUGGCGCAGCACAUCUUUGGCAUUGCGCCGCCCGUCGAAACAAUUGUCAUCAAGUGAAGCGAAUCUUGCGUGGAGUGGAACGAAGUUGUUUCGCACUUGAAGCUUUUCAUGUAUUGUAAAUAUAAAUGUUAAGAUAGAUCGAUAUAUUUAUAUAUAUUAUUGAUUAUGUAGCUCGUAAGAAAUUGAAGGAAAUUUAAUUGCAAUGUAAAAUGUAUGCUAGAUAUAUGAAAUCCCCGAAAAGAAGCGACUAGCUUUGCACUUAAAUCAAUUUUAUUUUAAUUGUCUAAAAAUGUUUACAAUUUCUGUGCCUAUAAAGCCGAAUGUCUGAGGCUUACGCAAAGUUCUUAUAUCAUGACAUAUGCUUUUACGUAUCUAUAAAAACUUAACUCGCCUGGAUUUAAGGAAAAAUUAAAUAGAUUUAAGUGCUCUAGUCGCAAGUAGCCGACUAUGAGAUACCCUGAGGACAGCGCUCAGCUGCUUUUCUUCUGGAAUUUGUUUAAAGAAUCAUAACAAUUGUUUUAAAAUUGAGACUAGUUUCCAGUUGAAAAGUUGUUUUUAUUUUAAUUACAACAUUUAAUAACAUAAAAUUUAUAACAAAUGUGAGAUGUUUCUUUAAUCCUAUACAAAAUAGGAAAAGAGAGAUUCUUGUGCAAAGACUUAAACUAUA